UUUAGCAAGAACUCUUGCUGCAUGUCUCACACAAUCAAGACUCUCUUCUUCGACUUUGGCGUGAACCCGACGAUCUAUGAACUAGACGAGAUCAACAGAGGGAAAGAGGUAGAACAAGCAUUGGCUCAGCUUGGGUGCAGCCCGACCGUGCCGGUUGUGUUCAUAGGAGGGCAGCUUGUUGGUGGAGCUAAUCAAGUCAUGAGUCUCCAUCUCAAUCGUUCUCUCCUUCCCAUGCUUAAGCGCGCUGGAGCAUUAUGGCUUUGACUUCAACA